AUGGCACUCCCCGCAACAAUGAAAGCCAUAAACCUCAACAAACCCGCUGGCCCAGCUGGCACCGUAACCUUCACUAACGGCUCAACCAAGGAUCUAACCUUCAAUCCCUCCCAGCCAAUGCCCUCACCCUCGCCCACACAAGCUUUAAUCCGCGUGCACGCCGUCGCCGUCACGCCCUAUGAACUCACCUGGGGAUUUCCCCCUCAAUCGGAACCGCGGGUUCCCUGCCAUGAUAUUGCCGGAACAAUCGUCUCAGCCCCGGCGAAUUCGGGGUUUGCACCGGGGGAUAGAGUAUUUGGGCUCCUUGACUAUAUGGGCCAGGGCGGCAUGGCCGAGUAUACGGUUGGGGAGCCCGAAUACCUUGUUAAGAUUCCGGAGGGCUUGGAUUUUGUGGAGGCGGCAAGUGUGUCGAGAUCGGCUUUGACGGUCUGGCAGGCUAUGAGAGUCCAGGGCGGUGGGCUUUUGAAGGAGGGCAUGAAGGUACUUGUCACAGGUGCUACCGGUGCCGUCGGACGCUACGCUAUCCAGAUGAUUAAACACUUCGUUGGGAAGGAGGGCAAAGUGAUUGCCCUUGGAGGGAAGGGCAGUGAGGGCUUGAAGGCGUUGGGUGCGGAUGUUGUGGUGAACUAUCGAGAGACCAAGGAGUGGGACGAGGCUGUGAAAAAGGAGGGGCCUGUUGAUUUGAUUUUCGACUGUGUGGGCAAGAAGACGUUGGAGAAGGCUCUGGCGCUGGUGAAGGAUGGGGGCGCGAUCGUGACGAUUGGAUCCCCGCCACCAGAUGUUGUUCAUGUAGAAGGCUGGAACGAGUUGAAGGAGCGGAACGUGAACGGUAUAUUCUUUAUUGUGGGCCCUCAGGGUGAGCAACUUGCCCAGAUCGCAGCCCUGAUUUCGAAGGGUGUUGUGAAGCCUUCCGUCGCCCUUGUGGUGGAUUUGAGCGAGAAGAGUGUGCGAGAUGGCUGGGAUACAGCUUUGAACGGAGGAUUUGGAGGCACACUUGUGGUGAAGGUUUUGUAA